UUUGCAAAAAAAUCUUGUGUUUCGUUUGAACAGUGCUUUGAUUCAGCUUUAAAACCAGUUGAGCUUGGAUAAAACUGCUGGAAUGAUACUUUGAUAACUGCGUGGUUACCAUGGAGAAUCCUGUAAAAGCGCGAAAAAGAGUGUUCAAGAAACGGGUCAUACUGUCAAUAGCACAAAAAUUGGACAUUAUUGAGGAUAUUGAUCAAUAUGGACGAAGCGUAGACGAUGUAGCUGAAGAGUGGGAUUUACCAAUAAAGUACAUAAAUGCGUUGAUAAAAGAUAGACAAAAGUAUCGGCAGUACUUUUCCGAAGGCCGUAAUAUUUAUAAAACAAAACAAAGAAGAGUACUGCUUCACCAUCAGCCAUUGGAGAACGCCAUGAAGCUCUUCGUUCACCAAGCAAGAAACAACAACUUAUGUAUAACUAUUCCCAAUAUUAUUAACAAAGCAUUGAUAUUCAAAGAAAAACUUGGAAUCAAGAACUUUAAAGCCAGUAACGGUUGGGCCGUGAAAUUUGUUCAACGACACGAUGUUCAUGUGACACGCGCAACCAAGAAAAAAACCAGCUAUGAGGCACUGAAACACGAAGAAAUUUCAAACACUAAGCUGGAAAUAGGCCAAUACUGUACAAAAGACAUUUACUCCAUAGCAAAGUUUGGGUUGUUCUUCAAAUGCUUACCAGAACACACGGAUAUUUUCUAUUCGAAAACUUGUCGAGAUGGAUCGUUUCCUGACCAACGGUUGACCGUCGUUUGUUCUGCCAAUAUGGACGGCAGUGAGAAGCUACCGCUUCUGGUGAUUGGAAAUAAAAAGAAACCGGUCUCCUUCAAUCAUUUGCUGUCGCUGCCCGUCGACUAUACAAGUGCUAGUAAAUCGUGGAUUGACUGGGAGGUGUUCCGAAGUUGGAUUUUAAAGCUGGACGCAAAGUUUCAAGAGAAUGAAAGAAACGUGUUGAUGUUCGCUCAGGAUUAUGGUCACCUCAAACGUUUGCUGCAAUACGAGCUUAAGGCCAUAAAUUUACAGUUUUUGUCAACAAAUAAGCAGCCACUUGAUUACGGUGUAACAACAGAGUUGAAAAAAUGUUAUCGACACGACCUCGUGAAAUGGUGUCGGGAAAAUUUCGGCCUGACGAAUACAAUGACCCCUAAAACCGUGAGCACAUUGCAAUCAAUUCGCAUGUUGGCCCGGUGCUGGACGGUUGGCGUAUCUCCAGGAAUAAUACGAAGCAGCUUUAAGAAGGCAGGUUUUUUCAUCAACGAUGCGGAUCUGGAUCUUUUGGGUCUUUCCGAAGACGUUAUGCAAGAGGAAGAGAUGGAACCAUGGUUCGAAAAAUACUGCGCUGUGGAUCAAAAUGUAGCGUGCAAAGGGUUUUUAACUGAUGAAGAUAUUUUGCAAAUCGUAAACGGCGAAGACGACGUUGAACCAAGCGGCGCAGAAAACUGUUCCGGAGACGGGGAAUCCCGAGAGCUUACCAUUCAGACGGAUCUUCAAUCUGCGAUGGAACAUUUAUCGCGUUCUUUACAACUAAUUACAAACGUUCCACCGUGUAUGUUUGAACAUCUUUCCAUAAUUGAAGACAUUUUCCAACGGCGAGGAAAAUUGAAAGUCACUCGAGUCACAGAGAUGGAUUUAUAAUAGGGCACGAUAGAUUACGUCGAAAAGGCGCAGUUUCACCGAA